AUGGCGCUCUGCGCCAACCCCGAGCGCACAACGAUCCAGGCAAGGCUGCCAGAGCCGCCCACGGGCGCCGCCGAGGUUGAAGGAGCGCCGGUGCCGGCGCCAGCACCCGAGCCAAGCCGGCCGGCGGAGCCAAGGCAGGCAGAAGCGGCGAUGGCGGCGGGGCCAGCGGACGCGGCAGCCAUGGCGGGGCCAGCGGACGCGGCGGCCGAGGUCAGAGCUGUUAGAAAAAUUGAAGGAGCUUUGGCAUUAGACAUGGAGUAUGCACGCUGGUUGGAGGAGCACAACAAGCAUAUAAAUGAGUUGAGGGCUGCAGUCAAUGCACAUGCUGGCGAUAAUGAUCUUCGGGGUAUUGUUGAAAGCAUCAUGGUGCACUACGACGAAAUUUUCAGGCUCAAGACUGUAGCAGCCAGAGCAGAUGUUUUUCAUGUGCUGUCUGGGAUGUGGAAGACCCCUGCUGAGAGGUGUUUCAUGUGGUUAGGUCAGCUUGAUCAGCAGCUUGCUGGUAUAUCCAACCUGCAACAGUCCUCCCAACAAGCUAAAGAUGCUCUUUCUCAAGGGAUGGAAGCAUUACAACAGUCGCUUGCAGAAACUCUAGCAUCUUCUGGCAACGUUGCAAAUUACAUGGGACAGAUGACGAUGGCUAUGGGAAAACUCGGCACACUCGAAAACUUCCUACGACAGGUUUCUUAUGCACAUCAUGCAGUAUUGUCUUCUUUUUUGCUUAAUUUGUUGGAUACUGUUUAA